UAGUGUCGGAUAACUCCCUUAUGUGCUCUUGCAACUCGGCUACGCAGUUGCGGUAUUCAUUUGAUCUUGAACUACAGUCGCAUCGUGGUCGCAUUCCAUCAGAUUAAGAACUUUUAAUACAGUUUACUAAACUAUUAAUAAUUAAUUAAUUAAUUAUUAAGAUUAUUUGUCUAUCUACUAGUUAUUUUAAAUAAUAACAGUGAUUAAAAACAAUCAAACAAGAUGGCUGCAGAUUUUAAGUAUCAUUUAAUUGAAUGCUUGAAGAAUCAUAAAAUGGCGCGUCAGUAUCAGCAUCACAUGACUGUUUGUGAAAGCAACGCAAGUGUUGAUUUGCAAUUGAAUGAUAGAAAUGAUAGAAAGUGUUUCUCGGCAAUAAUAUCUGACCAAGAUGCAAUGGCUCAACUCGAAGCAGCUCUCGGUGCAUCAAGUAAUGAAGUUAAAAACAACCCAGCAAGACCAGAUGAUCCACAGAAGUUGCAAGAACUUGAACCGAUUCGCAGCCAAAGAAAUGAAUAUCAAGAGCAAGGAAAAAUAUUUACUAAUAGACAUGUCCCGCUGGCCAAGGAGAAGAAUAAAACUAUCGAUAAAGCCGGUUAUGAUUCUGUAAAGGCGAAGCUGGAUGAUCCCGCGUUCCGGACUCUGAACUGCGAAUCAAAAGAAAAAAAUAAUUUUUUUUUUGUUUCUAAGUAGAGUUUACCUACAGUUUCAACCCAUGUAACACAAAUAUUACUACGGGUAUCAGUCGAAGGCAUUAGUCAUCAUACAAAAUGUUCUAACCCCCUAGACUGAUAUACUCAAACCGUAGUAAUAUUUUUGGGUUGGAUUAUAAUAUAGGUCCAGCAAUGUCCUAGAGAUGAAUUGCUGGACACGGAAGUGGGGUCACACCUGCGUAGCCAAACUGUCAAACAGUCCUCAGUAGAGGCGCUGUUUUUUAGUAGACUAAUGUAUUUUUUUUCCUGUUAAGUAACAAUCUUAAAAGGUCAUGUGUCAUUGAAACUUGUAAGGUUUCGGAAGACUUACGUUCAAUCAUAUUUAUUUUAUUUUUCUUUCAUAAAUAAUCGUUAAUUUAUAAAAUUAAUCUGCUCUUUAAUAAAUUAUUAACCUUUAUUUAAAUUACUAAUUAAAAAAGCAAUUAAAUUUUUAAAAAUAUCUCUUUUAAAAAUAUAUCAAAAAACAAUUACGCUUAAAUUAUUAGUAUGAAAUAUUACUAUUACCAGGUUAUUGUCCCUAGAUUUGUUGCAAAUCGUUCGCAACCAUGUGAAUAUAAGGACAUGAAUUUACUGCCGUAGUAUAGAAAUGUAUUACUCAGUUACCUUGAUUUAACUCUUUACAAAUUUUUUUUUUAUAUUCUGUAAAUUAUCAAUUUUUAUAUAAAUUGUUUGGAGUACAAAAGUAUGAGUUAAAAAAUAUUUAAAAUAAAAUGAACUGGAAAAUUUAAUUAAAAUUGCAAAUUAAAUUUUUGAAUUAAAAGUAAAACUACAAGGAACAAUAAUUAAUUUCAAUAAAAAAAACGUAAAAACAAAUUUUAAAAAAAUUAUAUCUACAAUUAAAUAAAAUUGAUAAUUAAUAAACAAUAAAAAAAUAUAAUUUUAAAUAAUGAUACUGUAGGUGUGCAAGUACGUAGAUAUUUUAUAAUACACUUGUCAACUUGAUAUUCAUAUCUGCAUACCUUUCCCAUCCCUCGAGGCUACCUUGAACGAAUAGAAGAGAAUUACGCAAUUGCAAUACACACGGUUCGCUGUCUUAAGAUCGUACCGUGUGGUACGAUAUAAGUUAUAUAUGUCAGUAUAUAUGUACUUACACAUAAAAUUUUAUAUAUAUAUAUAUUUAUGCAUAUUCACGAUAGUGAAACGCUUACGUUAUAUUAUACAUGUGAACAUAUGUUCUAAAUCUCAAAAUGCUUUCAAAACCAAAUAAUAUUUGGUACAGCGCAAUAACCACGUAAUAUUUAAAUUUAUUUCUUAAGGACAAACUUUUAUUUAAAUAUAAACUAGGCGUUACAAAAUUUUAACUAAUUUAUGUAGCCCUAAAUUUAUCAUUAUUAUUAUUAUUUUUUUUUUUUUUUGGUGAAUUUUAAGAAGAGUUAAAUUUAUGUAGUGGCUGAAAACUGAUCUUUAUAAUUGAAACAUGAUAAAAAUUCUUU